AAUUUAAUUUCAAUUUCCCCCAACAUAAUAUUCCGCCUUUCGGCGUUCUCUCCUCCCACAUAUUUACCCUUUUCCUUUUUUCUCUCCAAGACGCGUCCCUAACCCUAACCAAAAACCAGGAUCCAACAUGAAAGGAAGUAAAUCGAAGUCAGACACCAAGAGUUCCAAGUAAGUUUCCUGCGUUUGACCUUUGUUUUUUCUUUAUUUCUUCGUUGUUUCUGCUGCUUCAGGAUCAAAAACCAGCGGAUCGCGGUUUCUGGAUCUCAGAUCUGUUAAUGCAGUUUUUGAGAUUCUCUGGUUUAUCGUUUGUGUGAUGUGGUUCCGCCUUUUGGUCAUAGGCUUUCCGUCAAUAAGAAAGCCGCCGUCACAUAAGCUGGGAAGAAACCGGGGAAGGCGGCCUAGGAUCCAAACAAACCAAAGAGGCCUGCCAGUGCCUUCUUCGUUUUCAUGUAAUUAUUAUCACCGCCUCUAUAAAUAUCUCGUUACUAAUGAAAAAUCCUCUUUCCGUCAAAUAUCUUUGGCAUUAACAUUCAAACAAACCGUUGAAGAAUAAAAAGCUCAAUUACAAUUAUAUUAAACGAAACCUAAAAUAAUUUUAUUUAAAAAGAACUAAAAUUUUCAAGUCCAUUGCCUAUAAAUAUUCCAUUCAUUUGAUGAAUGAAAAAAGGGGAAGAAGAGAAGGAGACAAGAAGAGGAACAGCAAACUUCAAGCCUCUGAACAAUUCUUAAAGUUCGAAGUCCUAACUAAGGAAAGUUUCAACUCUCCGCUAAGGAAAGAAGAGUCACAAAAACAAAUCUCAUAUCCACUAAAGGACAAGAUCAAUUUAAGACCCUUACCUUUCUAAAUUCAAUUGUCAAUUAAAGGAUUAUACUGAUUUAGAGCGUGCCACCAUUUAAAGUUUGAGUGCAUAUAUUGUGACACCCCUAAACCAGAGAUUGUUGCCCAUAUCCUUUAAAGUCAUUGUAAUUUGUAUUUUUUAUUUUACAAAUCAAUAUGCAUUUUGCAGAUUUUGUGACCACAAUGAGAAAUAAGACAUUAUAUGUGAGCACCAGAGAUAGCUUCAAGGAGGAGUUGGAUGGGAUUCAAGAGGAGUUACAGGCAACCCAUCCUAACCAUUGAUGGAUCUUAAUUACAGUCAAGUGUAAUUAAGGGUUAUAUUUUUAUAAUUAUUGAUAGAAGAGUAGGUCUUUUACAGGCAACCCAUCCUAACCAUUGAUGGAUCUUAAUUACACUAGAGUGUAAUUAAGGGUUAUAUUUUUAUAAUUAUUGAUAGAAGAGUAGGUCUUUGAUAUUAAGACCUAUCUCUCCAUCAAUAUUUAAAAAAUAUAUAAAACUGUAAAAGUGUA